UGCUCCGUUCCGUUUCGCAAUUCGCUCUCUAUCUCUCUCUAUAUAUAUUUCGAAUCGCGUCGUUUUUCCCCAAAUUUUCUUUCCAAUUUUUUCUAGGGUUUCUCUUCGCCUUGUUACGCUCAAAAUCCCCUGCGACGAUUCGUCUAGGGUUUCUUCAAUGGGAUCGGCGGGAAUGGAGAACGGCGUGCUGGUUUUGACGGAUGAAAUUGCCCUUCCGAUUUCUGUGAUUAGGGAUCUCCAAAGUGAAUCUGUUUCGGAAGAUGAUGAUGUUGUUGUUAUUACACAGUGUGGCUCUCUAGGGGCCAAGUUGCCAUUUGGGCCUGCUUCUUUCGAUGUCGUUGUUGCUGUGUCGUCAAGUUCCGAGUUUUUCACAGAGCGGUGGUUAGAAGAGAUUGGGAGGGUGUUAAAACCCAGAGGAAAGAUCUUAUUACAAACUUUUAUUGAGCAGGACAAGCCAAGCUCCGCUUUAGAGCGCAAAUUACUGAUGUCGGGAUUCCUGGAAGUGCAAACUUUUGAAGCAAAAGCUCUCUUACCGUAUGAAAAAGCUCGAAUUGUUUCUCUUGAGGGAAAGAAGGCUUCUUGGACAAUUGGGUCGUCUUUUCCCCUUAAGAAGGAGAAAAUUGUUCUUCCCAAGAUUCAGAUCGAUGACGAAUCUGAUCUAAUCGAUGAAGAUAGCCUCCUCACAGAAGAAGACUUGAAGAAACCACAGUUACCUAUCGUCGGAGAUUGUGAACUGGGAAGCACGAGGAAGGCUUGCAAGAACUGUGUCUGUGGCCGGGCUGAGGCGGAGGCGAAGGUGGAGAAGCUAGGGUUGACUGCUGAGCAGAUAAAUAACCCUCAAUCUGCUUGUGGCAGUUGUGGGCUUGGGGACGCAUUCCGCUGCAGUGGAUGUCCUUACAGAGGUCUCCCUCCAUUCAAGUCGGGCGAAAAGGUCUCCUUGCCUAGUAAUUUUCUCGUGGCCGAUAUCUGACUGUAGAGAGAAGAGCAGCACCGGAUUACGUUGCCCAGUUUUGUUUCUCUCGCUUUCCUUUUAGUCAUGUUUCGAAGUGCUCGGAGAAAUAGUGGAUUGCAGAAAAUAGAUUGUAGCAGAUAGGUUCGAGUUUGUAGCGAACGGAAACUUUCGAAACUUGCUCGACCUGUUCAGAAGUUUGAGCUUAUUUGGAAAUAUAACAGAGCUCAAUGUUUUGGUGCCGAAGUAGCUACUAAGUUUCGCGGGCCAUUUGCUUUUCAUUAGCAGUGCUUUAGCUGUUGUAGACUUUUGUCGCGAAUUUGUCUGCUCUUGUUGUUUAGCAGUUCAUUUAGUUUCGAUUGAUUGUCGGAGAAACUUCUGAAACCGUUUUUGUUAUCUCUCCCCCUCAUUUCCUGUUUCUAUUCAAUUGUUGAACUUAAAAGCAUGUAUUUUCGUUGA